AUGUGGCUUUCAAAGGCCACACCGACAAUUAGCUUAAAGCUUGUGGAGCAAGCUAAGCUCAGGUUGAUAUCAACUGACAAGGGAAAUCCGGAGUCCUGUUUACCAAACACCUCAGCUGAUUCCUCUCACCGCAGCAGCUUUAAAAGCAAUGCUGCCACAGCAGCUUCAAAAACAAUUCUGCCCACAGCACAACAAUCUCAUACUGGGCCUAAUUCCUCCAAGUCGAAUUGCUUCCCGUCCCUCAAGUUCCUUCAUGUUACAGUUCAUUAUUCUGAUUCUGACUCUAGGGAGAUGCUCUUUUCUAAUUUUCCUGUACUUGAAGAUCUGAUCAUAGAUGGAAACCUUCAAGAUUCCGAUGCUUACAAUCUUGAUGUAUCUGCCCCUAAACUAAAAAGAUUGCAAAUUAGCAUCUAUGUGGCAAGAUUUUCUAGGAAUGCAAGUGCCAAUAACUUUGUGAAUUAUGGGUGCCAAAUAAUUGUUAGUGCUGAUGCUCCUAAUCUUGAAGAGGUAGAGAUCGAGUAUGAGUGUCUGGUGAGCUACUCUUUAAAGAAUGCCAUUUGUCUGAGGAAAGCCAAGAUUGUUUUUCAUGUGGACGAUCUUGAGGACUGUGAUGAUAAUCUUGCAGAUAUUUGUCAUGCAAAAUACCUAAAAGUUUCAUCUUCAGUUUUUGCGGCUCUUGACAGUAGAUAUCACAGUCUUCUGCUGACAUUUAGUAAUUUGAACCACUUAAAGCUACAACUUCAACUUCAAACUCUUUCAAAUCUAGUUAUGCAGCAACCAACCUCGGACAGACCAUUUCAGUGCCCUGAAACCAGAACUGGGUUUAUAACCCCAUCUCAGAGUGGUUUCACAUGGUAA